CAGCCGCGUCUCUGGGGACUUGGGCAGCAGCCCCUCUUCCAGUGGCCCCUCUAGGAACGGUACACCACUGAGCUCUGGAAAGCCGCCAGCUUCCCGAGCUGGGCUGGGCGCCCUGGCAGAUCUGGGCACAGGUAGGGGUGGGGGUCAAAGCCGGGGGCAGGAGUGGGGUGCUGAAUGCUGGCCCGACCCGCGGUGGGAGGGCCGCCCCUGCCUCCUCCAAGGAGCGGACCACGAAAGGUCUGUGGCAGCGGGGAGCGCAGACGCAAAGGGCUGCAGGGCUUGCUGGUGGGGGGCGGCUGGGGCGCACUCACCGAGGAUCAGCAGCACGUUCCGGGGGCGCGCCGGGUGCAAGCGCCAGAGGACCAGGGCCAGCAGCAGCAGCCGGCAGACGGGCCCUCGGCGGUGCAUGGCGGCGGCUCCCGCCCCGCCCCGCCCGCGGUCACGUGUGCGCUGGCCCCGCCCCCCGUGGUCACGCGCGCCCCAGGUCCCGCCCCCAGGUAGUCACGUGCGUGCCAGGCCCCGCCCCACCUCCUCCUCUCUCCCCCUCCCUCUGCGGUUCCUGCGGACCCGGCUGAGGCGACUCCAGGAGACCCCGAGCUGCGGCGCCGGGCAUGCCAUCUUCUGUGAAGGUGUUGGGUCCGGCCAGGCCCUCGGGUGCCAGUAUGGCCCCGCAGGCCCGCUGCUGCUCCCCUGCGGCUGUGCAGAGGUGGCUCCCCAUCCUGGCCUGGCUGCCGGACUACUCCCUGCAGUGGCUGAAGAUGGACCUCAUCGCGGGACUCUCGGUUGGGCUCACAGUCAUUCCCCAGGCGCUGGCCUAUGCUGAGGUGGCUGGACUCCCGCCGCAGUAUGGCCUCUACUCUGCCUUCAUGGGAUGCUUCGUGUAUUUCUUCUUGGGCACCUCCCGGGAUGUGACGCUGGGCCCGACAGCCAUCAUGUCCCUCUUGGUCUCCUUCUACACUUUCCACGAGCCUGCCUAUGCUGUGCUGCUGGCCUUCCUGUCCGGCUGCAUCCAGUUAGCCAUGGGCGUCCUGCGCUUGGGCUUUCUGCUGGACUUCAUCUCCUGCCCCGUCAUCAAAGGUUUCACAUCCGCUGCCACCAUCACCAUCGGCUUCGGGCAGAUCAAGAACCUCCUGGGACUGCAAGAUAUCCCGAGGCAGUUUUUCCUGCAAGUGUAUCAGAUCUUCCGCAAGGUUGGAGAGACCAGGGUGGGCGAUGCCGUGCUGGGGCUGGUGUGCAUGGUGCUGCUGCUGGUGUUGAGGCUGAUGCGGGACCACGUGCCUCCUGUGCACCCCGAGAUGCCCCCGGGCGUGCGGCUCAGCCACGGGUUGGUCUGGACUGCCACCACAGCCCGCAAUGCCCUGGUGGUCUCCUUUGCUGCCCUGGUCGCGUACUCCUUUGAGGUAACUGGAUACCAGCCUUUCGUUCUGACGGGGCAGACCGCUGAGGGGCUCCCUCCAGUCCGGAUUCCCUCCUUCUCCGUGACCACGGCCAAUGGGACUGUUUCCUUCACCGAGAUGGUACAGGACAUGGGGGCUGGGCUGGCUGUGGUGCCCCUGGUGGGUCUCCUGGAGAGCAUCGCGGUGGCCAAGUCCUUUGCUUCUCAAAGCAAUUACCGCAUUGACGCCAACCAGGAGUUGCUGGCCAUUGGCCUGACCAACGUGCUGGGCUCCCUCGUCUCUUCCUACCCGGUCACAGGCAGCUUUGGACGGACAGCUGUGAACGCCCAGUCGGGGGUGUGCACCCCAGCGGGGGGCCUGGUGACAGGAGUCCUGGUGCUGCUGUCGCUGGAUCACCUGACCUCGCUGUUCUGCUAUGUCCCCAAGUCCGCGCUGGCUGCCGUCGUCAUCACGGCCGUGGCCCCGCUCUUCGACACCGGGGUCUUCGCGACGCUCUGGCGCGUGAAGAGUACGUGUCCUCGUCCGUCUGUCACUUACUCCUGCAUGCACGUGUGCACACACGUUCUGGAUCUUUGUCCCACCGCCUUCCAGGACCCAGGUGGGCUGGACUUGCUGCCCCUCUCUGUGACCUUCCUGCUCUGCUUCUGGGAAGUCCAGUACGGCAUCCUGGCCGGGACCCUGGUGUCUGCGCUGAUUCUCCUGCACUCAGUGGCCAGACCCAAACUGCAGGUGUCAGAGGGGCCGGUGCUGGUCCUGCAGCCAGCCAGCGGUCUGCACUUCCCUGCGGUGGAGGCCCUCCGCGAGGCCAUACGCACCCGGGCCCUGGAAGCAUCCCCCCCGCGCUGCGCGGUUCUGGAGUGCACGCACGUCUGCAGCAUCGACUACACCGUGGUGCUGGGGCUCGAGGAGCUCGUAGGGGACUUCCACAGGCACGGGGUCACCCUCGCCUUCGUUGGCCUGCAGGUUCCUGUGCUCCGUGUCCUGCUGUCCGCUGACCUGAAGGGUGUCCAGUACUUCUCCACCCUGGAAGAGGCAGAGAAAUACCUGAGGCAAGAACCAGGGACCCAGCCCUACAAUGUCAGCGAAGACUCGGUUCCCGAGCACAAGAUCGCCCUGCUGAAGGCCUGAUGGGGGCGCUGAUGGACGUCUGACGCCUGGGGAGUCUCGCAGAAGGUUCAGGAUGCUGUGACGCCGGAUGCUGCCCUAUAAACGCUGUGGCCUGAGGGCUCUGAGCAGGUGAGCCCCGAAGGAAGAAGGAAGCCAUGUGUCGAGAUGCACAGGUGGGACUUGUUGGCUUUAUUUGGGGAUGACUGAAAAACCACCCCAUACUGUUCCCUGGGCACGAACCUUUUUCUGAAGAAGAGUUUGGAGAGAGCCUUCUAGAACAAAAGACCCUGUGGGAGGAAAGGGGCAGGAUUUCCACCUGGUCCAGGGGAGGGGUCCUCACACCCCAGCACCUUCCUGGUUACGGGGGACGUUGGGGUCGGGCAGCUCCGAGGCGGGUUCCAGCCUGGGUGGCGGCGUCUGUGCUGUUGUUGGGAAGGAAACUGAGAUGUGCCAAAUGACUUAACAUGUCUGUGAAAAAUAACUUUGUUGUCAGUGUUUUUUUAAUUAAAAAGUAAGAGCUUUGGUGUUUUUGUAAAAACCGUGAACACUUAUUGUAAAACGUACAGGAAAUCAUCUCCUCCAUCAACUUGGGUGGUAGUCAGGCCCGCUCCCCACGGUGUCGCCCCCGUCUGUACGUCAGCAUGGGGGUGUGUGUUCCCAGCCGUGUGUGGAUGGGGCCGUUUCAUACAUGGUGCUCUAUGGCCCACGCUUUCAUGCAGUCCGUGCUGUGAAUUACCCAUUGUGAUAAUAAAUAGAGAAUACGUGGUCU